CUGAUUUGGACCAAUCAGAACAGACCACGAAAAGAGACGAAGGAAGAUGGAUUGUGGUUCUGUCAAAUAAAUUAGUUUAUUAGAAAUUGAAUUUGCGGUUAAUGUGUGUUAUGAAUUGUAAUUAAUUAAACAUAAUUUUAAUAAUGGACUACCUAGUGAAUAUUAACUGGAACAAAGUCACACCAUGCCUUGUCUUAUUAGUUCUAGAAUUAGUUUUAGAAUUUUCAGACGGCGCGACUCCAGCAGAUGUGAACAAGCAUCUGGAACUAGGCCGAGAGUUUCUUGCGCGCGGUCAACUAUCGGAUGCCCUUACUCAUUAUCAUGCCGCAGUUGAGGGUGACCCUAACAACUACCUCACAUACUUUAAGCGUGGUACGGUGUAUUACGCGCUUGGGAAAGCAAAGUUUGCCCUCCAAGACUUCACUAAGGUGUUAGACUUGAAGGCGGACUUCACAGCGGCACAGCUUCACCGAGCCAACGUCUACCUCAAACUAGCCCAGUACAGGGAAGCUAAAGAUGAUUUUUUGGCCGUUAGCCAAGCGGAGCCGUACAACGCGGAGGCCAUAGAGCAGUACAUGAAGAUAGACCAGUACAUCGAAGACGUACAGCUGGCGGAGGCGUACUACCGCGGCGGCGAGCACCGCGCGGCCGCCGAGCUGUGCUCGCGCCUGCUGGAGGUCAGCCCCUGGUCGGCGCACCUGCGGCAGCUGCGGGCCGAGUCCUACAUCGCGUUGAACGACCUGUUCUCCGCGGUGUCGGACAUCCGCGCGGGGAACCGCCUGCAGCAGGACAGCACGCGCGGCUUCCAGCGCCUCGCCGCGCUGCUCUACCAGCUGGGGCACGUGGCCGACUCGCUCAAGGAAAUCCGCGAAUGCCUGAAACUGGACCCGGAACACAAGGAAUGCUUCCCGUUCUACAAGAAGGUGAAGAAGGUGGACAAGCUGCUGUUGGAGUGCGAGGAGCGGAGCGAGGCGCGGGACUUCCCCGGCUGCAUCGCCAGCGCCAACAAGCUGCUGCGGCUGGAGGGCGAGGUCACGCUGGUCGUGUUCGAGGCCAGGAGGUGGCUCUGCAGCUGUUCCGUCAAGGAGGAGCUGUACGCGGAGGCGCUGGCGCAGUGCGGCGCGGCGCUGGCGCUGCGGCGCGACGCGCGCGUGCUGUGCGAGCGCGCCGACGCGCUGCUGGGGCUCGACAUGUUCGACGACGCCAUCCACUCUUACAAAGAAGCAUUAGAGUUAGAAGAAAGUUUACAGCGAGCUAAGGACGGUUUGAGCCGCGCUCAGAAACUGCAGAAACAGUCGGAACAGCGGGACUACUACAAGAUUCUAGGAGUGAAGAGAACGGCGACGAAGCAGGAGAUCAUCAAGGCGUACCGCAAGGCCGCUCAGAAGUGGCAUCCCGACUCCUACCAGGGCGACGAGAAGAAGGUCGCAGAGAAGAAGUUUAUAGACAUCGCCGCAGCUAAAGAGGUGCUGACAGACCCUGAGAAGCGCGCGCAGUUCGACGCAGGCGUGGACCCGCUGGACCCGGAGGCGCAGCGCGGGCAGGGCGCGCCCUUCCACAGCCCCUUCCACCACUUCCAGCACGGCAGCCCCUUCCAGUUCAAGUUCCACUUCAACUAGCUCCCCCCGCGGGCAGGGCGCGCCCUUCCACAGCCCCUUCCACCACUUCCAGCACGGCAGCCCCUUCCAGUUCAAGUUCCACUUCAACUAGCUCCCCCCGCGGGCAGGGCGCGCCCUUCCACAGCCCCUUCCACCACUUCCAGCACGGCAGCCCCUUCCAGUUCAAGUUCCACUUCAACUAGCUCCCCCCGCGGGCAGGGCGCGCCCUUCCACAGCCCCUUCCACCACUUCCAGCACGGCAGCCCCUUCCAGUUCAAGUUCCACUUCAACUAGCUCCCCCCGCGGGCAGGGCGCGCCCUUCCACAGCCCCUUCCACCACUUCCAGCACGGCAGCCCCUUCCAGUUCAAGUUCCACUUCAACUAGCUCCCCCCGCGGGCAGGGCGCGCCCUUCCACAGCCCCUUCCACCACUUCCAGCACGGCAGCCCCUUCCAGUUCAAGUUCCACUUCAACUAGCUCCCCCCGCGGGCAGGGCGCGCCCUUCCACAGCCCCUUCCACCACUUCCAGCACGGCAGCCCCUUCCAGUUCAAGUUCCACUUCAACUAGCUCCCCCCGCGGGCAGGGCGCGCCCUUCCACAGCCCCUUCCACCACUUCCAGCACGGCAGCCCCUUCCAGUUCAAGUUCCACUUCAACUAGCUCCCCCCGCGGGCAGGGCGCGCCCUUCCACAGCCCCUUCCACCACUUCCAGCACGGCAGCCCCUUCCAGUUCAAGUUCCACUUCAACUAGCUCCCCCCGCGGGCAGGGCGCGCCCUUCCACAGCCCCUUCCACCACUUCCAGCACGGCAGCCCCUUCCAGUUCAAGUUCCACUUCAACUAGCUCCCCCCGCGGGCAGGGCGCGCCCUUCCACAGCCCCUUCCACCACUUCCAGCACGGCAGCCCCUUCCAGUUCAAGUUCCACUUCAACUAGCUCCCCCCGCGGGCAGGGCGCGCCCUUCCACAGCCCCUUCCACCACUUCCAGCACGGCAGCCCCUUCCAGUUCAAGUUCCACUUCAACUAGCUCCCCCCGCGGGCAGGGCGCGCCCUUCCACAGCCCCUUCCACCACUUCCAGCACGGCAGCCCCUUCCAGUUCAAGUUCCACUUCAACUAGCUCCCCCCGCGGGCAGGGCGCGCCCUUCCACAGCCCCUUCCACCACUUCCAGCACGGCAGCCCCUUCCAGUUCAAGUUCCACUUCAACUAGCUCCCCCCGCGGGCAGGGCGCGCCCUUCCACAGCCCCUUCCACCACUUCCAGCACGGCAGCCCCUUCCAGUUCAAGUUCCACUUCAACUAGCUCCCCCCGCGGGCAGGGCGCGCCCUUCCACAGCCCCUUCCACCACUUCCAGCACGGCAGCCCCUUCCAGUUCAAGUUCCACUUCAACUAGCUCCCCCCGCGGGCAGGGCGCGCCCUUCCACAGCCCCUUCCACCACUUCCAGCACGGCAGCCCCUUCCAGUUCAAGUUCCACUUCAACUAGCUCCCCCCGCGGGCAGGGCGCGCCCUUCCACAGCCCCUUCCACCACUUCCAGCACGGCAGCCCCUUCCAGUUCAAGUUCCACUUCAACUAGCUCCUUCUUCACCCGGCAUGGGGCGUGAGCUCCUUACGCAAUUGGGUACGGUUUUGGUACGGAAGAUGAUAGGCCAAUUUUCCUGCAGGCCACUGUAACUCUAUAUGAUGUUUAGUUUGCGUUUACAAUUUUUGUUGUAGUUUUAGCAAUCUAAUACCCUUUUCAAAACUCUUACAAAAUAUUAUUAUUAGAACAAUGCAUAAAACAUAACAAACAAAACCAAGAAAAAUCUUAACACUUUCAAGAAUUUUUACGAAAAUGAGAAAUUUGAUCAAAAAUGUUUCAUCACGCUGAAUAUUUUAUGUGAUAAAAUUUUUUCACUCCAAUUCACAUUUUGACGAUUAUCAUGAUUAAAAACUUAACAAAUCAAGACUCAUACCAAUAAUUUGUUAAUAUUAAACACACAAUCAUGUAUAUCAAAAUGUUUGUCCAAAUGUGUCUUCUAAACUAAAUUAUAGAUGUAAAUAGUUUUUGUGGCAUAUACUAUUUAUUUUCUUAAAACUGUAAGCAGUACUUAACCCUAUUCUUUUUUUAUAUUUAUAAAUAAUACAGGUAUUAAACACACACGUAAAAAAAGUACGUUACGCGUGCGUUUAAUACCUGUAUUAUUUGUAAAUAGUAUAAUACAACACGAAGGUUUAAAAUCACUUAUUCCAUGGUCCUAAUUUUUUUUAUAAUUAAAAAAGAAUUUAGUUUUGUAUUAUUUCUUCGGUAGAUCAUGUUACUUUAAUUUGUUACCGUGCCUACACAAUCGGCAUAGUAACAUUUUUAUUGAUCUCUGAAAGAUUUUAUAAAUAAUUCUAACAAAUGCCUUGGAAUGUUAAUCCUACUAACGAGUUAAAACAUUUCGCAUAACGCAGUCACGAUUUUUCAAAUGAAACAAAAUCAUUUAAUAAUACUUUUUUUUAUUACAAAAAAAAUUGUAACAUUACCUUUGAGAGGGCAUUACGUUUUUUUUUCACUGCCGGCCGCACGUCAAACGUAACAUUGCUUUAAAUGGCCUUCCAGUAAAAAUGAUCUGUGGCCCACUGUACUAGGCGGAUAGUGAAAUUCGUGGUUCGUCAUUGCGCGUAAUCCUUAGACUGAAAAUGAAUAUUUUGCGCGUUUGACGAGCGAGAAACCUGUUCAGAAAAAGUCUGAACGCAAACAUAACAAAUAAACUCAAGUUUUAUACGAUAAAUAUAGUGGUGUUUGCUUAUUUGUUCUGUGUCUUCGUUCAGCCUGAUUCUUGCUGGUCUUUUACAGUUUUUAUAUAAACUUUAGACCCACUGAUAGAAUAAACAAUAUUCGUUUCAAGCAAACAUGAUCUGGAAGUAAACAUCUAUUUGUAUCCUUGUCUUUCUAAAAUAAUUAAUACGAGACGCAAAUAUGAAAUGGUUGUUUGUCAGAUCACGAUUGGUUGGAACGAAGUUAGACAAAGCACGUUUUAGGCAAUAUUUUGCUUCGCUGGCAACACUGGGCGCAUUUGAAAUGUUGCCAGGAACGCGCUUUGAGAAAUUUGGUUACGUUGCGAAACUGCAAUCAUAAUAAAUAUUUAUUUUAAGUUAAUUUGUUGUGAUUCUUAUAAAUUGUAAAUAUUUUAGAAUAAUAAGAAAUUACAACAGA